AUGGGAUGCUGUGAGUCAAGGCCUGAACAAUAGGCUUAAUUACAAACAUAAAUGCAAAAUAAACAUGAGCAACUUAAUUUCUAUUUUGGAAAUCUAGGAAUUGAUGAUGAAUGCGAAUCAAUCUUCAAAGAAAUGGAUAAAUCUAUAAUGGGAAAUCAAAGAGGUUUAAGUUAGUCAAUCACUACUGGAUAAUUUAUUAAGAGAUCUCGAAGUCAAGGACUAAGCAGUAGUGGAGUGAUGCACAAGAAAAGACUACCAAAUGUUCUUAGAAUUAAUGCUCAUUCACCCGAUAGAUCUUAUUAGUUUGCCGAUCACAACAAUUCCAUUUAAAGAGAGGAUAACAGUGCUCUAAUUCGUAAAAACCCUUUAGAGUACUUUGAGAGGUCUUAGCAAAACAUUAACACUUCGGAAAGCACGCCAAUAAGACCAGUAAAUGGAUAACAAAUAUUUAGUCUUUAGUUCUACAACAUCAGCAAUAAUUGCAUCUUGAAAAAGUAGCAGAGUGUAAAGAUCUCUGAUCUCCUUCAAGACUCGCUAUAACUCACGGACAGAUCGAAUAAUUUAUAAGACUUCUCUCAAAUCAACAACUAAAAUGAAAUUAUUGAAGAAUUAGAAAAUGAGUUCUCUCAGAGAUAAGAUACACAACUUUCAUUGAACAUGGGCAGAGUUAGUCCAAUACUCCAUAAGCACUAAUCUGAUAAGUAUCUAAAAGUACCCCAUUAGAAACCAUAUUUUAUUGAACCAUACAAGAAUGAGUAGUCCGGGGGAGUAAUGUAAGGAGGAUAACUGGGAUCGCCUUGUAAGCCUUAAUUCAAUGAGGAUGAUGAACCUGAGUCUCCUUAUUAGAAAAGAUAAACUGAUGAUGAGUACAAGAAAAUCUAAAGAUAAGUGCAAACAGCGUAAAUGUAUGUAGGAAUAUUGAAGAAACAUGAUAGUUCUAGAAAUUAAAAUAAUUUAAAAAAGCAAGCUAAUAAUGAUGAAUAUUAUCGAUUAUCAAAUAAUCAAAAUACUCUACAAAUCCUAAAGAAAUAAAAAACAUUAACUAUCUAAGAGUAACAACCUGAAUAUAACAUAAAAAAUGCUAAGAUUUUGACGAUAAACUCUAAAAAACCCAUUAAUUAGUUUGGAAUUUAGAAAAAUAAAAGUUUCUCGCCUGGCAUAUAGAGAAGUAGUACAAUGAGUUUGAAAAAGUAUUGA